AUGAAACGCAAUGUUUUCGAGGAAUAUUCAUCGGAAUCGGACACUGAGGCUCCAGUGAAAAAGCUGAAGCCUUUCACUGAGCCUGAUGCGAACCUUCCUACCAUAGCUGUGGGAAAUGAAGCACAUUCACCGCCAGAGGAGGAUUACAUGAAUUUGAAGCUUGAGGAAGAUGAGCCACUGUCCAUCACUGAACUCAAACCUAAGCCUAUAGAAACAUCAAUUCUUCAAGAUGGGUCAAUAGGCUUAUCAAUCAUGCAAAAGAUGGGAUUCAAAAUAGGUCAGACAUUAGGUACCCUGGCCUCGGGAAUUACUGAACCCAUUCGUGUGGAUGUUAAAAAGGGCAGAGCUGGAAUAGGUUCAAGGCCUAAAUUGCCUCAAGACAAUAAGAUAACUGCUGCGACCAUAGAGGAAUUUAGAUCACAUAGCAAAUUGAAGCAGAAAGAACGGAGUGAUCUAUAUUAUCUUUCGAAAUUGCAAAGAUAUUGCUACGAAGAAAGCGGAGAGGACAUUGCUGUCUCAGAAAAAAGGUUGGACCUCAAAGACGUUAAUCCUUUGUGGAAGAACUACGCCAUCAAAGACGAGAAAGAACCUGAAGCAAGGUUGGCUUUAUUUGAUAGUGCUGUUGAAGUGCAACAUACUACACUGUCUGAAUUAGAAACUGAGCUGGAUUUUGACACUUUACCACUUGAAGAGAAACUAACUCUACUCAUAAAAUAUAGCCGUGAACAUUACUAUUAUUGUGCUUAUUGUGGGUUAAAAUUCGUUGAUGCCGAUGACAUGGAAAGGGACUGCCCUGGUCCAUUUCAAAAAGAUCAUGCCUUGUGA